CCCAACAAUGAUCGAACCACCGUCCGAUAAACCCAUCUCUCCAUCUUCACCUCCUUCCAAACUCCAUAACCCCGCCGCCCCUCCCGACCGGAAACGCCCCAACUCCGCCACCUCCAACCCUCCAUCCCGAACGGCCGGCGAUCCCUCGCCGGCGACUAAACGGAGCAAGAAGGCCAGAGAGGCGGUCAGGGCCUCGCACUUGUUGAUCAAACACGAGGGAUCCCGGAGAAAGGCCUCCUGGAAGGACCCUGACGGUCAUCGCAUCUCCGCCACCACCCGCAAUGCCGCCGCCGAUCGGCUCCGUUCCCUUCGGGAGGAGAUCGUCUCUGGGGAAGUCCGAUUCGCUGACGCCGCUACCCAACACUCCGAUUGCAGCUCCGCCAAGCGCGGCGGUGAUCUAGGUCGAUUUGGGCGUGGGCAGAUGCAGAAACCAUUUGAAGAGGCCACAUUUGCUUUAGAAGUGGGCGAGAUCAGUGACAUUGUGGAUACUGACAGUGGAGUUCACAUCAUUCUGAGGACUGGGUAACAAUUGGCAAACCAUUCAACUGAUUCCUGCUCUGCAACUGAUUGUUUUCCCCAAGUCCUCCAAAAUAUUAAUUAUAUAAAAAAAAAAUGCUCUGUUAUGGUUGCACUGUAAAAUUUCUUAUUUUUCUUUCUAUGAAGGCAUAUAUAUAUUUCACUAUGUAAUUUAAACAUUUAUAUAUACACACUCAUAUAAAAAUGUUCUAUGAUGUU